AUGAAGAACGGCCUCUCUUUCUACCUCCUCUUUUGGUGCUUCUUCAUCUCUGGUGAUUCGAAGAUCAACCUCCACAAUGAGUGCACCUCCCUAUGUCAUGCUUGAGGGAAGCAGCGGAAAUAAUUUCCGGCCUCCCCCUUAUGGGCGGAAUGUCCCUCGAUACCAUUCCGACUACCACAAGAGAUCAAGUGGCAGAAGUUGCUAUAGGCGCAUUUGCUGGUGUUAUUGCUGCCUAUUUGUCCUCAUCGUCAUUUUGGCCCUUCUCGUUGUCUAUUUCUAUGCUGUGUACGAGCCCCAAAUGCCUUCCUACAAGGUAGAAAAACUUGAGGUUAAGGCCUUUGAUGUUCAGCCAGAUUUCAGUCUCAAAACAGAAUUUAUUGUCACUGUCAUAGCAGACAAUCCAAACAGCAAUAUUGGAUUCGUAUAUGGAAAGGAUAGCUCGGUUAUUGUCAUGUAUACAGAUUCAAAUCUUUGCACGGGAAAACUGCCAAAUUUCCAUCAGGGUGAAAAGAACACAACCAUAAUGAAGGUUGAUUUGAAAGGGAAAAGUGAGUUCGGAUCAGGUCUCCAGGAGGCUUAUACAGCAAGUAGAGACAACAAGAGGAUUCCAUUGCUUGUCAAGGUGAAGGUACCUGUAAGCGUGGUGGUGGGAAAUUUUCCGACGAGGCAAUUUGUGGUUUUUGUCAAUUGUUCUUUGCUUGUAGAUAACCUGGCGCCCAACAAGAAAAUCAGUAUCCUAUCAAGCAACAACACAUUUGAUCUUAAAUUCUGAGUUAAUUCAUUUCAAGGAUCUUAACGAACUAUGGUUUUAUACUUUUUCUUUCUGUCACAGAGAUUAGUUCCAUAAUGAAUAGUGGGAUAAAGAAUCUGGUAAAUCGUCUGUUUCUUAUAGUACGUAGAGAACAAAUAACAACUUUUCCUUUUAUUCCUGGAUUAUAUAUGUAUUGGCUUCUCCUCGAAGCAUGUAUAUUACGGGGAAAAAAAGAGCUGUAACACUGUUUUUAA